AUGAAGUUUAUUAUUUCUCUUCUGAUUUGCAUCACAGCAGCUAUCUUUGCCUAUCAUCCCUCAAUCCAAGACUCCCUUGUCGCAUACUUGCACCAAAAGGCACCAGAAAGCUUGUCACACUUGUUUGAAAAAACCAACAGCAAUACCGUCGUACCUUCUACUUCUCCUAUCGACAUAGAAUCAUUCACCCCCGUCAUCCUACCAAUCACCAGCAUGUCUACCCCUCGUGCAAUCCGUCAAGUUUUCCUUGCCAUUGAGCAAUCGGAGGGUGCAGGUGCGCGCGUCCGCCGCUCAAUUGGCACCCCCAAGUUGCGAAACUUCAGCCCUUUCCUCAUGUUGGAUCACUUCACCAUUGGCAAGGGCGCCGGCUUCCCCGACCACCCCCACCGCGGCCAAGAGACAAUCACCUAUCUGCUCUCUGGUGGUGUCGAUCAUGAAGAUUUCGAUGGGAACAAGGGUACUAUCGGACCCGGAGAUCUACAGUUCAUGACUGCCGGCCGUGGCAUCAUGCAUGCCGAAAUGCCCCACGAGAACCCCGACGGCAGCCCCAACGUCGGCAUGCAGCUGUGGGUUGACUUGCCCCAGAAACUGAAGAUGUGCGAGCCCCGCUACCGCGAUCUGCGCUCUACAGAGAUCCCCAUCGCCAACGCCGAUGAUGGCCGCGUCACCAUUAAGGUUAUCUCGGGCCAGUCUCAUGGCGUUGAUUCCGUCCGGGAUCUGGCGUACACCCCUGUCUGGAUCUUGGAUGUUACGGUCCGCCCUGGUGGUCGUAUCUCUCAAACGCUGCCUCAGGGUUGGAACACUUUUGUUUACACUUUGUCUGGUACUACCAUUUUUGGAUCUAAUGAUUCCACCAAGAAGGUGAAGGAGUUCCACAAUGUGGAGUUCGAGCAGGCUGGUGACUUUAUUGAGGCCUCUGUCCCUGAUAAUGCUGACCAGGAGGCCCGCUUCCUGAUCGUCUCUGGUCAACCGCUGGAUCAGAAGGUGGUUCAGUAUGGUCCCUUUGUGCUCAACAGCCAAGAAGAGGUUCGCCAGGCCAUGAUUGAUUAUCAAACUGCUUCAAAUGGAUUUGAAAAAUCGCGUGGCUGGGAGAGUGAGAUUGGCAAGCGCAUGGGUGCCUACUAA